UAAACGUAGUCUUUCUGCUUCUAGCUGUGAACUGAAAUUCGUGUUUACGUCGCGAUAGCCUCAUUUCUAUUUUCUGAUUUACGCAGGGAUAAUAGACUGCUCAGAGCAUUUAAAUUGGAAAGAGUGGCCCAUGGUUCCACAAUGUGUCACGGUCUGGCGACCUAGCCGCUAUUGAGUGGAUAAUAUGAUGAUGUGUGACACUUACUCUCCACUGAGUCCGGAUAUGGGGUUGAAGGCUUCAAAAUCGGAAAAAAGUUACGGUUUUCGCCCUUUUGAGUUUCGUUUGUGUGUUGAUGACGACGUCAGCAACGGGCCGGUGCCAAAGCCGCGCAGUGGACAUCGCGUCGUGUGUGACUCGGCAAACCUGUAUUCUUUUGGAGGUUAUAAUCCGUACAUAUCGGACUCGGACGAAGACUUGAAAGAUGACCCGGCCUGGCAAGACUGCAAGCCUCUCUUCCAAGAGCUGUGGCGAUUUAAUUUCGCCACCUGCAAAUGGCGGAAGCUCCCCUGCCACUCGUCCAUGCCCAGAGAAUUGGCAUCUAAUGCUGUUAUCCUAGACGGUGGAAUAUUGCUAGUGUAUGGUGGCACUGGAGUACCUUUUGGUUUCAAGUGCAGCAACAGUCUUUAUCUUUGUGACAUAAUCAGAGGUACGGAGAUGAAACCAAUUACUCCUGUUAAAGGCCAAGAACCUUCAUCACAAUAUGGGCAGGCCUUGGUGCUCCAUGGUCAAUGGCUAUAUACAAUGGGUGGAACAACUGGCUUUGUGUACAACUCUGAUGUUCACCGUUUUAAUCUACGCACAUCAGUGUGGGAAGAAGUGUACAUCUGCAAGGGCCUCAGUCGACAUGAACCUGAGGGUCGCUAUAGACAUGAACUAGCAUUUGAUGGCCAGAAAAUUUAUGUAUUAGGAGGUGGCACAGCUACCGAUUCUUUUGGCUUUCAAGACAUACCAGCUCUUAAUUUGGAGACUAACAGCUGGGAGACCAUCCGGACUAAGCCAGAUGAGCGCCUGAGCGACUUCGGCUUCCCUGCUCCUCGACGUUGCCAUGGAUGUGUACAGCUCCCGCCUGAAUUCAACACUAAAAAAGGCUCUGUGAUAAUUAGUGGGGGCUACAAUGGCUCUACAAUGUACGGAGAUGUGUGGCGCUUGGACCUUAACGACAUGCAGUGGCACUUCAUGACAAGAUGUGUCCUACCCAGGCCAGUGUAUUUUCACUCGGCUGCAGUUACUCCAGCAGGAAGAAUGUUCACGUUUGGCGGCAUUCUGGAGAAUGGAAUUCGAACCAAUGAGGUGUGUGCUGCUUGGGUUCGAAUUCCAAAGCUCUCAGAGAUUUCUUGGGAAGCUGUUCUUUACUAUAGCCCCAGAAUAGCUAGUGAACCCCGACACAAACUUAUUAACAUGGGGUUCCCAAAGGAAUUUGUUGAUAGGCUGGAUUAUUAAAUAUAUAUGUUUUGAGUCAAUCUUUUCGUGAUUGUUGUGAUGUGAGUCAAGAGGAGGAGAUGAAAUUUUAAUAAGUUAAUGAACAAUAAUUUAGCUUGAUACAGUAUAAUAUCUUUUUUGCUUUAUUGGCGGCAUCAUCAUGGUAUAAAUCACCAUCUCUUCCAAAUUUUUGAUUAUUUGCAACAAACAACAUUUUCAAAUGACAUCAAAACACUGGUAACAUUUUAUCAUUCUUUUCUUGCCCUUUGAAAAUGAUUUUCCUUGAAAUUUGAGCUUUAA